GGGGUUUGUGACCAAGGGGACACGUCCCUCUGACUGUGACCAGGGUGACAUCCAUGGGCAGGAUCCCCCUUGUGUGACCAUGGACAGGCUGGCACGUCUGUGACCAGGGUGGGAUGUCCCUCUGUCCGUGACCAGCCUGUCACAUCCUUCUGUGUGCCUGUGCCAGGUUGGCAUGUCACCGUAGCCAUACAUAGAGAGACAUGUCCUUCUGUGUUUCUGUCACCAGGGUGGGAUGUCCUCUCUGUCCAUGACCAGGCUGGCACAUCCCUCUUUGUGUCUGUGCCAGGCUGGCACGUCUGUCACCAGGGUGGCAUGUUUGUGACUGGUCUGGCACAUCCCUCUGUGUGUCCAUGCCCAGGCUGGCACGUCCAUGCUGGGCUGUCACCUCCCUGCCCCAUGUCUGUCCCAACUUGGUGUCCCCAGAUGUUCCUGCAGCACCAGCCUGCACUGUCACCCCUGGAAUCCCCUGCUGCCACCCUGGGGAAGGUGGCACACGGAUGCAGUGGGGUGCUGCGAGUGCGGGGCCUCCCUGUCCCACCAGUACUACGAGAAGGAUGGGCGGCUGUACUGCAAGAAGGAUUACUGGGCACGCUUUGGGGAGCUGUGCCACGGCUGCUCCGAGCACAUCACCAAGGGGCUGGUCAUGGUGGCUGGGGAGCAGAAGUACCACCCCGAGUGCUUCAGCUGCCUCAACUGCCGCACGUUCAUCGGGGACGGGGACACCUACGCGCUGGUGGAGCGCUCCAAGCUCUACUGCGGGCACUGCUAUUACCAGAUGGUGGUGACGCCGGUGAUCGAGCAGAUCCUGCCGGAUUCCCCGGCUUCCCGCAUCCCACACACCGUCACGCUCGUCUCCAUCCCCGCCUGCUCCGACGGCAAACGCGGCUUCUCUGUGUCCAUCGACCAGGGCUGUGGCACUGAGCACCCCCGCACCGUCCGUGUCCGAGAUCUCAGCCCGUCCUUCCCCCAGGCCUACCUCCACUCCAUGAACAUCAUCCACCGUGACCUCAACUCCCACAACUGCCUCGUGCGGGAGAACAAGAGUGUGGUGGUGGCUGACUUUGGACUGGCGAGGCUGAUGGUGGACGAGAAGAACCAGCCCGAACAUCUCAAGAACCUGAAGAAACCGGACCGCAAGAAGCGAUACACGGUGGUGGGGAACCCCUACUGGAUGGCCCCCGAGAUGAUCAAUGGGAGGAGCUACGACGAGAAGGUGGACAUCUUCUCCUUUGGCAUCGUCCUGUGUGAGAUCAUCGGCCGGGUGAGCGCCGACCCCGAUUACCUGCCCCGCACCACCGACUUCGGCCUCAACGUCAGGGGCUUCCUGGAGCGCUACUGCCCCCCCGCCUGCCCCCCCAGCUUCUUCCCCAUCGCCGUCACCUGCUGCGACCUGGACCCCGAGAAGCGGCCGUCCUUCGCCAAGCUGGAGCAGUGGCUGGAGACCCUCCGCAUGCACCUGGAGAUCCACCUGCCGCUGAGCUCCCAACUGGAGCAGCUGGACCGAGCCUUCGGGGAGACGCACCGGCGGGGGGAGGGCGGGGUCCCUGCGCCCCCCCGAUAGACCCCCACCCACCCGCCCACCCACACCCCUCUGGAGCGGCGGGAGAAGGAGCUGCACCCGCCGC